ACAGCCUGCGGGAUGUUUGAUUUCUGGCGGUUUAUGCUGGGCCAUACAGCCAUCUAACCAUGGAACUUUAUAGCCCUCUUCAACCGCUAAAAUUGAAUCUACUGAUUGGAUCAAUGGGGGUGAACACAGAGACUAGAAUACAAUCGACAGACUACUCUGGAUUAAGGCAGAAGAGAAGUACGGCCAAGAAAUCAAAAUGCUUUGCAGUUAACAUCUUAAUUGUCAUACUAGCCCUCAUGAUUAUUCGGCAGUUUCUGGUAUUCGAAAGGAACUCCUACGCCUUUUCAAUAAAAAUCCGAAACAAUGGGGACUAUGAAACGCUACAGAGAUCAGAAAUUAUGAGCUUAGAAUUCUUGCAAUUGAAUUCGUCUCUGAAGUUGGAGAACGAUCGUUUAGCAGGCGAGUUAAGUAUCCUUCGCACAAGGCUCGAGGACGCUGCGAAAUGUUUCCCCAAUGGAAGUGAUAAAUUGGAGGUGGGAGAAUCGCUUGUAUCUUGUCUGGAAGAAGCACUGGAGCUUGGAAAGAAGAAAAUUGUUUUAAUUCCGAGUAAUGAAUCAACUGUCGCCUUGGCUAAGUGCAGUGAAGAGAGAGAGAAAGAGAAAGAACAGACUGGAGCUCUGAAACGACAGAUGGACAUUCUGGGGGACCAUCUGCGACGGUCCGUUGAGUUUUUACCAUUAAGGGACCCAAAUAUGGUGUUCUUUGAUGAAAAAUAUCGGACCUGGUUCAUGAGCACAGUAUGGGAGAAAUUAGAAGAUGGAAAGCCUGAGCAUUCUGUUUAUCCUUCGGAGGGCUCUAAUGGCAAAAUCCUGUGCCUUAAGGGCAGACACAAGAGAAACGGCACUCUCAAUUCCUAUGCAUUUGCAUGGCCCAAUUACCUGCCGCCUAAUUCCAGCCUUGUUCGAGGGCUCUCCUUUAUAUCAGACAGUCACUACGAUUAUGAAAAUCCAUGGCACAGCAUGAUAUCUUUGAUUGUCUCUGCGGCAUGGCGAAUGGAGAACCAGUGCGAGGUGCCUGAAAGAUUUGUUCUGUAUCGCAACGGAGAGCUGGUGACAUCAAUGGGCUCAUAUAUUAAAACUCUGUUGCUUGCUGUUUUGGAUCGUAAUGUACCUGUAGAAGAUUUAAGUGAUCAUGACCCUGUGUGUUUUGAAAAGGCUGUGGUGUACCGCAGAGGCCUGGGGCACACGUCGGUGGAAAAGAAAAUCGCAAUGUUCGACAUGAUCCGUUGCAAAGCACGAAAGUUCUGUAACAUAUCUGAAAGCCAGCGGAUCAUCGAUGGGAUUCGAACUAUAAACGUCACACUUGUUUCACGAACCGGGGCAAGGUCAUUUAAGAAUGAAUCCGUCGUGGCGUCGGUGAUUGCAAAGGAAUGCAAGAAGGUCCCCGGCUGCAGGUUUCGCCUCCUUCGCAUUGGAAAUAUGAGCUUUUGUGAACAGGUGGAGGCCAUGAGCAGGACUGACAUAGUGGCUAGCGCUCACGGAGCUCAGAUGACAAACAUGAUGUUUAUGGAGAAAGGCAGUAGCGUGAUGGAGAUGUUUCCCAAGGGUUGGUUGGAAGGGGCGGGCGUGGGGCAGUACAUUUACCAAUGGUUUGCAAGCUGGACGGGGAUGAAUCACGAGGGCACUUAUAGGGAUACCCAAGGUCCCGAAUGCCCCAAUCCCCAAGAAGGACCUGCCCGCUGCUUCAUGUUCCACAAAAAUGGCCAGGUCGGACAAAACGAAACGUUUUUGGCACAAUGGACUGCUCAGACGCUUGCCAAGUUUCAGAAUAGGACGACCUCUUUUGAGACUUCCAUACCAAGCUCCUGCCCCUGCACUUAGACAUAUUUCAGAUGGCAGUUGAAAAUUGUUUGUAACAAGUUGAGAUCAAGUCCCGAACGCAAAUGCGUUUGGUCAGGCAAUAUUUCCAGCAUUUACUUGAAUGAAGUUUGUAUAUUUCGAAGCAAAGUGGAAUCCCUCCUAAACUUAUGUGAGGCACUGCUUUUUCUGUGAACAACCAGAAACAACGCAAGUAGGCCUAAUUGCAAGACCGUUGUUUCCUGGUUGUAUUCUUGUGGUUUAUUUUUUAUAUUUACUCGCUGCUUAAUACUUCAUUCGAAAAAUAUCAAGUUGAGGAAGGAAGUUUAGGCAGUUAAUUGGAAUAACCCACAAACUUCAAGUUGUGGAAC